AUAGGGUCCAACCAGUCUUUACGGAAAAUCAAGGAUUGGGUUUCCUCCUGCGCCAUGAACCACAGAUACUGCCUCCCACUCGAAGGAGAUUAUUUCCCUACUAGGAUUAUUGACGUCGGUCAGGCUGAGGUCGGUUUCGUCCAUCUUCGUGACAGGGACGAGGCCAAAGCCCAGCAUGAUGACCAAGAUGGCGAGAGAUCUCAGAAUCGUGGAACCUGUCUCUCCUAUUGGACCCUAUCUCACCGCUGGGGCAAUCCAAAACUGAUUCCACAGCUCUUGCAAACCACGGAGCAUCAGUUCCGGGACGGCAUACCCAUGGACAAUUUGUCACCGACUUUCCGUGACGCAGCCCUACUCGUCCACCGUCUAGGUUACAGAUACAUAUGGAUCGAUUCUUUAUGUAUAUUUCAAGACUCUCUCAGCGAAUGGCAGCAAGAGGCCAAGGCAAUGGUCGACGUGUAUCGGCAUUCACUGUGCAACAUCUCGGCUAUCGCUGCGUCAUCCGAUCCCGGUAGAAGCAGGCUUUUUGUCAAGAGAAGACUCCAACCAAGGCUCUUGUUUCCCUUCAAGUUGAACGAGAAGCUUAGGGGGCACAGCGGAGAAGUGAAUGACGGACCGUGGAUUUUCUGGAAUGAUUCCCUCUGGGCUGACGAGAUCGAAAGUGCUCCUCUGAGCACACGCGGCUGGGUUGUGCAGGAGCGAUUCUUAGCCCCUCGCAUUCUUCAUUUCACCGAGAAUCAGAUCUACUGGGAGUGUCUAGAGAGCAAGUACUGCGAGGCGGAUCCAACUGGGGAGCUCCUCGUCCUCACCCAGGCGAGAGGUUCACGCGAGGUUGUUCCGACAGUGUACAAGAAAGCAAGGCUAGAGCUCGCCAAGAAGGGAGCGGCACUGUCAGGGAGACAACAUGCCCCGUUUAUGGAAAGUCCGGAAUCACAUUUCCACGCCCAGUGGGGUGACGUCGUCUCCCUCUACGCAAACUGCGCUCUCACCAAGGAGUCUGAUAGACUCAUCGCCAUGUCUGGCAUUGCCAAGACCUUCCAAGAGGCCAACGGCGACAAGUACUUGGCCGGCCUGUGGAAGAAAAUGAUCCACACCGAUCUCACCUGGACUACAAAUGCAAGCGAUGGCGCCGAGGUCCACCGCAGUGACUCGUACGCUCCGAGCUGGAGUUGGGCUUCGGUUGUCGGAGGA